AUGGCUCUCGGCUGUCUCCAGCAUUCCUGUGAAGCUCUGAGAAGUAACCUGUACUCUAGAGGAUGGGAACGGCAUCUGGCUGUGAAACAGCUGCUACUGCCUCUGUUACUCCUGGUGACCAGCAUUCAAGACCCUGUACCCAAGCCUCAAAUAAAAAUUGAGAAGACAGAGGAAACAGAGAACAACUGUUAUCUGAAACUAUCAUGUAAGGUACUGGACCAGUCUGUAAACUACACGUGGUAUGGGGACUCAGGGCCCUUUCCAAAGGGGCUCCAGAACAGUGUGCUUGAAGUUACCUCUACAAAACAAAACUACUCCAAGUUUUACACCUGCCAAGCCAGCAAUCCUGUGAGCAGCAAGAAUGACACACUCUACUUCGCUUCAUUCUGUACUCUGGCCAGAUCUUCUGGAGUAGCUUGGAUUACAACUUGGCUAGAGGUCAUGGUGCCCACCGUUCUUGGCAUCCUACUCAUUUGAGAUGAGCUCUUCUGACUCAAGAGUGAAACAUCAAGGCCAGAGGAUCUUGCCUUCAUUAUAACCA